CACUUAAGUGAUCAGUUACAGAAAACACUCCCCAGAAAUCUGGAAAAAGGCCCUUUAAGAAGGGGUAACCACCUCCCUCCCAACUGGAGGCCGAAGUCGCCAUUUCCCUGCACUGGGCACAGCACCUCAGAAUCCACGUUCACAGAGGUCAAAGCAGUAGACACACUCGAAAGAGCUCUGUGGCGUUUUGGCAACUACAUUAUCCAGAGUGCAGAGCGCUAAACGGCAGCAAAGUUGAGCCAAUGACAGCCCAGGAUGGGGCACUUCCGUGCAUGCGCAGAGCGACGGGCCGGAACUUCCGGCGUCCUCCUCGUGGCGGUCAUUCUGGCGUCUCUCCUGUCUGUUCGCCCCGCCAGUGUCUGCAGUUUGGGUCGCGACUGAGGGACGGGACAGAGAAGGCGCGAAAGUGGGCCUGAGGUUCUGCGACGCCACUUCGGGUGAGCUGUGCCAGGCUCGGGAUAGGAGCUGCUGUGUUCGAAUGCCCACCCCGGUCGGCCGCCGCUCACCGCCUAGUCGACGGAGCUCAAUGGCGGCAGUCGCGCUGAGGGACCCGGCUCAGGGUAUGACCUUUGAGGAUGUGGCCAUUUAUUUCUCCCAAGAAGAGUGGGAGCUCCUUGAUGAGUCUCAGAGGUUCCUGUACUGCGAUGUGAUGCUGGAGAACUUUGCACAUGUAACAUCCCUGGGUUAUUGCCAUGGAAUGGACAAUGAGGUGAUAGCUUCUGAGCAGAGUGUAUCUACACAGGUCAGGACUUCUAAGGGCGAUACACCCACCCAGAAAUCUCUCAGUGAGAUUAAGAUGUGUGUCCCAGUCUUGAACGACAUUUUGCCUGAGGCUGAGCACCAAACCACAUCCCCUGUGCAAAAGUCGUACUUGGGUGGCACAAGCGUGAGAGGCUUCUGCUUCAGUGCUGACCCUCAUCAGCAUCAAAAGCAUUACAAUGAAGAAGAGCCCUGGAAAGGGAAUGUGGAUGAGGCUACAUUUGUGACAGGCUGCAGAUUCCAUGUGUUGAAUUAUUUCAUCUGUGGGAAGGACUUCCCAGCCUCCAUGGACCUACUCCAACACCAAGCCACUCCCAGUGGUGAGGAGCCACACAGUAGCAGCAGCAAGCAUAUACAGGCAUUUUUCAAUGCAAAAAGUUAUUACAAGUGGGGCGAAUACAGAAAAGCCUCAAGCCACAGACACACACUUGUUCAGCAUCAGAGUGUCUGCUCUGAAGAAGGGCUUUAUGAGUGUAGCAAAUGUGAGAAAGCCUUCACCUGCAAGAACACACUUGUUCAGCACCAGCAAAUUCACACUGGACAAAAGACAUUUGAGUGUAGUCAAAGUGAGGAAUCCUUUAGCAAAAAGUGCCACCUAAUCUUACACAAGAUAAUUCACACUGGAGAAAGGCCUUAUGAAUGCAGUGAUCGUGAGAAAACCUUUAUCCAUAAAUCUGAAUUCGUUCACCACCAGAGACGUCACACUGGAGGAGUGCGUUAUGAGUGUGGUGAAUGUAGGAAAACCUUUAGCUACAAAUCUAACCUCAUUGAACAUCAGAGAGUUCACACUGGAGAAAGGCCUUUUGAAUGUGGUGAGUGCAGGAAAUCCUUUAGACAAAGCUCUAGCCUUUUUCGACACCAGAGAGUUCACUCUGGAGAAAGGCCUUAUCAGUGCUGUGAAUGUGGGAAAUCCUUUAGACAAAUCUUCAAUCUCAUUCGACAUAGAAGAGUUCACACUGGAGAAAUGCCUUAUCAGUGCAGUGAUUGUGGGAAAUCUUUUAGCUGCAAAUCGGAACUCAUUCAACACCAGAGAAUUCACAGUGGAGAAAGACCUUAUGAAUGCAGUGAAUGUGGGAAAUCCUUUAGACAAUUCUCUAACCUGAUUCGACACCGCAGCAUUCACACUGGUGAUAGGCCUUAUGAGUGCAGUGAAUGUGAGAAAUCUUUUAGCCGCAAAUUUAUCCUGAUUCAGCACCAAAGAGUUCACACUGGAGAAAGGCCUUAUGAAUGCAGUGAAUGUGGAAAAUCCUUUACCCGCAAAUCUGACCUCAUUCAACACCGGAGAAUUCAUACUGGCACAAGACCUUAUGAGUGCAAUGAAUGUGGCAAAUCUUUUAGACAGCGCUCUGGCCUUAUUCAGCACCGGAGACUUCAUACUGGAGAAAGGCCUUAUGAAUGUAGUGAAUGUGGAAAGGCUUUUAGCCAAAGCGCUAGCCUCAUUCAACACCAGAGAGUUCACACUGGAGAAAGACCUUAUGAAUGUAGUGAAUGUGGGAAAUCCUUUAGCCAGAGCUCUAGCCUCAUUCAACACCAGAGAGGUCACACUGGAGAAAGACCUUAUGAGUGCAGGGAAUGUGGGAAACCCUUUACUCACAAAUCUGACCUUAUUCAGCACCAAAGAGUUCACACUGGAGAAAGGCCUUAUGAAUGCAAUGAAUGUGGGAAAUCCUUUAGCCGCAAAUCUAACCUCAUUCGACAUCGGAGAGUUCACACUGAAGAAAGGCCUUAAAUGUGAAGGGAAUGCGCUAUUUCUUUAUUCAGUAUAACAGCACUGGAGGAGACUGUGGUGGCCACCUUCCUAAAUUUAAACUUUGAACAUCCACAGUAGGGUAUUCUUCAUAAGUUUCAGGUAUGUGGGAAGCUCUGAGGAGGUUCAUUGUAAUUUCUGAUCUGCCCAGGCUUAUAGCCUGAUUUAUGUCACUGCUAGUUUCAGAGGCUGAAGCCGUUUCACCCCUACCACCUUGCAGGUGCACACCAUGUGCAUGAGUCACCUCCCCACAGUGCUCAAAGAAGGAAACGUCUGUACUCUCGCAUUUGCUUGGGGAAAUUAUUCAUAGCCCAAGCACGUAGGGGGUCCUCAUGUCUUUUCUCUGACUUUAGAGUAUAGACUUGACCCAAUUGUGGUCCAGAGAAUCUGAAUUGUGCUGUCAGCUUUCUAAGAAGGAUUACCUUUUUUAGGAACAUCGUUGGUCUCACAUGAUGCUUGUAAUGAAUUUUUCCAGAUUCUGAUUCACCAGCCUGGAAACUGGUUUAUAAAAAAGAUUUAUAAUCUUUUUGUAAAGGCUUUAAAAAAAUUUAUGCGCCUUUAAUCUUGGGGGUUCUAUUCAUUGCGUCGAAUGACUUGUAAGCAGAAUAGUGAUGUCAGCAUGAAGGGGUGAAUAGAUUUUGUGGAGAUCUCAAACUUUCUGUGCUCAGAAGGGACAAUUGUGAUGGCAGAAGACAGCUCUUUGUCCUGUAUUGGUCUAAUUGGCCUGCUGCCCAAGGCCUCAAAGUAAAAACUGCCAGGCUUUGUGUUCCUGUAUUGUGGCCUGCUGCGGUGCCAUUUUUGUCAGGUCAGAGGUCACCAUGAAAAAGAGGCAGUUGUGACAAUCCCCAGUGCUUCUGUGAACAUGAAUUUUGUUCAGUUGUCCACAAGAGAUCCACAUAAUUCCUAGCACUGUUGAGGGAAAUCUAUUUCCCAGGUCCUACAAAGGAGCCAUGUGCUGUGACGUAUAAGUCAAUGUAGACUUGUGCCAUUUGUUGUCAGACUAUAGGUGUAGAGGUGAAAUUACAGGAGCAACUGUAAUUGGGACAGAAACUCCAGGUAAAUGGGGAGUGGAGAAGACUGCAGUAAUUAGAUGGAAUGCCGCUUCUUUUUUUUUUUUUUUUUUUUUUUUUUUUUAUUUUUUAUUGUUAUUAUACUUUAAGUUCUAGGGUACAUGUGCAUAACGUGCAGGUUUGUUACAUAUGUAUACUUGUGCCAUGUUGCUGUGCUGCACCCAUCAACUCGUCAGCACCCAGGAAUGCCGCUUCUAAAAGUCCAUCUACAAAUUUUCCAGUGAAUAUGGUUGUGUGGGAUCAGUGCAUACAGAAAUUCUCAGGAUCUUCUGUUUACUGUCACUGAGAUCAUUGUCAGAAAAUAGUCUGGCCAGGCACGGUGGCUCACGCCUAUAAUCCUAACACUUUGGGAGGCCAAGGUGGGUGGAUUGCCUGAGCUCAGGAGUUCGAGACCAGCCUGGGCAACAUGGUGAAACCCUAUCUCUACUAAAAUACAAAAAAUUAGCCAGGCGUGGCAGCAUGCGCCUGUAGUCCCAGCCACUCAGGAGGCUGAGGCAGGAGAAUCGCUUGAACCCAGAAGGCGGAAGUUGCAGUGAGCUGAGAUUGCACCACUGCACUCCAGCCCAGGCGACAGAGUGAGACUCUGUCUCCAAAAAAAAAAAAAGUCUAUAAAGGUUUCGUGGCUCCUUGUAUCCUCUCUGGGCUGUUCACCUCAAGGCCAUUGUUACGCAGGUAGGAGAACAAGAAUAGAGAGGAGGAUCAUUCUGUAGUCCAGGGAUGUGGCUUUUGUGACUCAGCCAACAUUUCUAUUAAUUCAGGUGGCAACAGUCUUCAUUGCUUGCCAAUUUGCUGCCCCUGAGGCAAGGUUGCCUCUCUCAGGGCAUGAGGAGAGAGAGAGAGAGAUGGUGAAGUCCCUAUCAGGUUGCCAACCUGAUCUAAAAAAAAAAAAAAAGGAACAUCUAGGCUCUUAAUUUUGAGCCACGUUUUAAAGCUUUAUGAAGGUCUAAUUUGUGUAACUGACAUGCAACAAGGUACACAUAUCCAAAGUGUACAGUUUGGUAAAGCCAUGAAACCAUCAUCAUAACCAUAAAAAUGAAUUUAUGUAUCACCCAUAUAUUUACCUUGUAUCCUUUUAUAAUCUUUCUCCCUUCCCCAGCUCUUCAGGGUCAACUGAUCUCCUUUACAGUAAAUUACUUUGCCUUUUAUGGAAUUUUUAGUGAGAUAUAUACACACACACACACAUAUAUAGAUAUAUAUACUUUUUUUCUUACUGGUUUUCUUCAUGCUGUAUAAUUGAGAUUCAAAAAUGAUGAAUCUUUGUAUUGCUGAGUAUCAUGCUGUUCUAUGGAUAAGUCACUGUUUAUCCAUGUGUUUAGGGGCAUUUAUAUUAUAGAUUUUUGUAUAUUACAAAUAAAGCUGCUGUAAAUACUUGAA